GAUAAUCAUUUCCUCAGAGUGGUGCUGAAAAUGGAGGAGGGAAGAAGAAGAAGAAGGAGAAGGAACUGGAUGAGCUCAAGAAGGAGGUGUCCAUGGAUGAUCACAAGAUAUCAUUGGACGAUCUGGGAAGACGCUACGGAGUCGACUUGACUCGGGGUCUGACCAAUGCCAAGGCUCUYGAGGUGCUGGCCAGGGAGGGGCCCAACGUGUUGACUCCUCCUCCCACCACCCCAGAGUGGGUGAAGUUCUGCCGCCAGCUGUUCGGGGGUUUCUCCUUGCUCCUCUGGAUCGGUGCCAUCCUCUGCUUCCUGGCCUACAGCAUCCAGGUGGCCACAGAGGACGAGCCAGCCAAUGACAACGUGGAUAACUCCUCUCUGACUGGAGAAUCAGAGCCUCAGACACGCACACCGGAGUUCACCCAUGAGAACCCCCUGGAGACUCGAAACAUCGCCUUCUUCUCAACCAACUGUGUGGAGGGUACAGCCCAUGGUGUAGUAGUAGGGACUGGAGACCAUACAGUGAUGGGUCGUAUUGCCACCCUGGCCUCUGGGCUGGAGACGGGCCAAACUCCCAUCAACAUGGAGAUCGAACACUUCAUUCAACUGAUCACGGCCGUGGCUGUAUUCCUGGGGGUCAGCUUCUUCAUCCUGGCCAUCAUCCUGGGGUACACCUGGCUGGAGGCCGUCAUCUUCCUCAUUGGCAUCAUCGUCGCCAACGUCCCCGAGGGCCUGCUGGCCACAGUCACUGUAUGUCUCACCCUCACUGCCAAGCGUAUGGCCAAGAAGAACUGCCUGGUCAAGAAUCUGGAAGCUGUGGAGACCCUGGGUUCUACCUCUACCAUCUGUUCCGACAAGACAGGCACUCUGACCCAGAACCGCAUGACCGUGGCCCACAUGUGGUUCGACAACAUGAUCCAUGAGGCCGACACUACGGAGGACCAGUCUGGUGCUACCUUUGAUAAGAGCUCGGCUACAUGGCAUGCUCUGUCCCGCGUGGCUGGACUCUGUAACCGUGCUGAGUUCAAAGCUGGGCAGGAAAACUUCCCCAUUCUGAAGAGGGACACCGCGGGCGAUGCGUCGGAAUCUGCUCUGUUGAAAUGUAUUGAGCUCUCCUGUGGCUGUGUCCGCUCCAUGAGAAACUUCAACUCGACCAACAAGUACCAGCUUUCCAUUCAUGAACAAGAGGACAAUGAAAAUGGCCACCUACUCGUUAUGAAGGGAGCACCUGAAAGAAUAUUGGACCGGUGUAGCACCAUCUUGAUCCACGGCCAGGAGGUUCCAAUGGACGCCAACUGGAACGAAGCUUUCCAGAGUGCCUACAUGGAGCUGGGAGGGCUGGGAGAGKGAGUUCUAGGGUUCUGCCACUUAACACUGUCUCCGGCCCAGUUCCCUCGGGGCUUCUCCUUUGACUGUGAGGAAGUCAACUUCCCUAUAAAAGGGCUGUGCUUCGUUGGUCUCAUGUCCAUGAUCGACCCUCCUCGCGCCGCCGUCCCCGACGCUGUGGGGAAAUGUCGAUCCGCAGGGAUCAAGGUCGUCAUGGUGACAGGCGACCAUCCCAUCACUGCCAAAGCCAUCGCUAAAGGCGUGGGCAUCAUCUCCGAGGGCAACGAGACUGUGGAGGACAUCGCUGAAAGACUGAAUAUUCCCCUGAGUCAAGUCAACCCCAGGGAUGCCAAGGCCUGUGUGGUGCAUGGAGGGGACCUGAAGGACAUGAGCGCAGAGUACCUGGAUGACCUACUCAGGAACCACACGGAGAUAGUGUUCGCCCGCACAUCACCUCAGCAGAAACUCAUAAUCGUAGAGGGCUGCCAGAGAACGGGGGCAAUCGUGGCGGUUACUGGGGACGGAGUGAACGACUCGCCUGCCCUGAAGAAGGCUGACAUUGGGGUUGCUAUGGGGAUUGCAGGGUCUGACGUCUCCAAGCAGGCUGCAGACAUGAUCCUCCUGGAUGACAAUUUCGCAUCUAUUGUCACAGGAGUGGAGGAAGGUCGUCUGAUCUUUGAUAACUUGAAGAAGUCUAUCGCCUACACACUGACAAGUAACAUUCCAGAGAUCAGCCCCUUCCUCCUCUUCAUCCUUGCCAGCAUUCCCCUGCCCCUGGGCACCGUCACCAUCCUCUGUAUCGACUUGGGCACAGACAUGGUUCCUGCUAUCUCAUUGGCCUAUGAGACGGCUGAGAGUGACAUUAUGAAGCGUCAGCCCAGGUGCCCAAAGACAGACAAGCUGGUGAACGACAGACUGAUCAGCAUGGCCUACGGACAGAUAGGUAUGAUUCAGGCUCUGGCUGGUUUUUUCACCUACUUUGUGAUCCUGGCUGAGAAUGGCUUCUGGCCAGAGACCCUGCUGGGCAUCCGUCUGAAAUGGGACGACCGUGCUAACAACGAGGUGGAGGACAGCUAUGGACAGCAAUGGACCUACGAGCAACGGAAGAUCAUUGAGUUCACGUGUCACACCUCGUUCUUUGUGAGCAUCGUGGUGGUGCAGUGGGCCGAUGUGAUUAUCUGCAAGACCAGGAGGAACUCUGUCUUUCAGCAGGGCAUGAAGAAUCGUAUCCUGAUCUUCGGCCUGUUUGCUGAGACAGCUUUGGCUGCAUUUUUAUCCUACUGCCCAGGAAUGGACAUCGCUCUCCGCAUGUAUCCCCUGAAGGUCUCCUGGUGGUUCUGUGCCCUCCCCUACAGUCUUCUCAUCUUCAUCUACGAUGAGGUCCGCAAGCUCAUCAUCAGGAGGUAUCCUGGAGGUUGGGUGGAACUGGAGACAUAUUACUAACCUUCAGAAAAGUAUUAUUGUGAGUCUGAAUUUCUGUGAGUCUGUGUGUAUGUGAAUGAGUGAGUACGUGUGUAUGCAAGGUCUAGCUAAGCAAAGAACAGCAAAACUACCUUACAAUUUGCAUUUUUGUCUUUGAAAAUAACAAACAAGCCUACAUAAUCACCUACAUUACCAUGAAAAAUCAGCCUACAUUACCACUGGAAAUCAGCCUACAUUACCACUGAAAAUCAGCCUACAUUACCACUGAAAAUAAGCCUAUAUUACCACU